CUUUGAUAUACGUCAUGUCCUGGACCAAAGGGCCCGGCGACCACUUCAGUCCUUAUGUAUAAAACUAGGACAUCGGCGAGCAGUCGAGAUAAGCAGAGGACCUACUUUUUUUAAGAGACUCUAAACCAAUAAUUAAUUUUCAAAGGAAUAUAUCCUAAAACGAGACUACUAAAUUUAUUUUAAAAAGUUUAAGAUUGGCAUUUCAAUAGGUAAACAUUGAAAAAACCACACCAAAAAAAACCACUACUUUUCUGGUUGACUUUGUUUAAGUCAGAGGCGCUGUCUACAGGAGCUGUGCUCAGAAGCUGUCCACGGGAGCUGUCCACGGGAGCUAUCCACAGGAGCUGACCACAAUGUUACCAAAAUUUUGCUCCCGAGGAAUCAUCUUCGCAACUAUGGUGAGUCAAGAGUUUAAUGAACCUACUUUUAGCAGAUUUAUUCAUAUCAUCUUAAAAUGAAGUUUAGAUACGCACAUUCAGUUCUAUGUGUUCUCAUCACAAGAUUAUGGUCUAAAAUCUCGUCUCUAGUUUAUGUCUCAUGGAGGAUAAAUAAUAAACAGUUAGCUAAACAUGUGCAAGGGCCGCUGGGAAAACUAAAGAUGUGACAUUUGACGGUACAUUGCUAUGUACACGUCUUCCCUUAUGUGACAUUUAACGGUACAUUGCUAUGUACACGUCUUCCCUUAUGUGACAUUUAACGGCACAUUGCUAUGUACACGUCUUCCCUUAUGUGACAUUUAACGGCACAUUGCUAUGUACACGUCUUCCCUUUACACCCAAUGACUUUUUUUUUUAAAAAGGAGACAAAAAAAGAGAAACAAUUGCAAGGCGCCAUGCCUAUUGGACAAGGUUUAGCACGGACAGAGCUCUUGCCACAGAGCCUAAACAAUUUUUAUAAAGUCAGUUGGGUUUCAAGGAAGGUGAAGGUGUGGUCGUCCAUCCCGCUUCAUUUAUUCAAUGACACAAAGGUUGUUGUUUUUUAUAUUUCGGGCGCCUUUUUGGAGUAGCCCCCGGGCAGAAUACAAUCAGUUACAAGCAUGGUCCAAUGAUUACAAUCAGUUACAAGCAUGGUCCAAUGAUUACAAUCAGUUACAAGCAUGGUCCAGUGAAUACAAUCAGUUACAAGCAUGGUCCAGUGAAUACAAUCAGUUACAAGCAUGGUCCAAUGAUUAAUAAUGUCUAGAUUCUUAAAUCGUUUAACAUUUAAAUUGGCUUCAUUGUAAAUGUAAUUUAUUAAAAGUGUUCAAAUAUAAAUGUUAUGGAAAAUUGUGCAAUUUUAAAGGAAUCGAGAUGUUUUGUGUGAUAAUAAUGGGACAUAUGAAAUAAAAUUUAUAUAUUGUUAUAUAUAUUACACACAUAAUUGUCUCAAAACAAAUGCUUUAUCUGCCAUCGUACAAUAAGUUCUAACAAGAUAAGCUCGAAUAAGAUAAGUUCGAACAAGAUAAGUUCGAAUAAAACCAGAAUGGUAUUGUUAAACAUUCGCUUAAAAACGCCGCUUAUUGGCAAAGCCUUUAAAGAAAUCUUGGCUUGAACCAUAUCAGCUAUUUAUGUUUAAACCUCGCGAAUGCGUGCAGUCAACAAAGUAGCAUCACGUUUAUUGAGUGGUUCAUGUGGUGUUGGCGACUGUGUUCUAUUUACUUGUUAAGAGAAGUUUCUGCAAUUUCCUAAAGUCAGACCUAUCAUUACUUAUUUGUCUUGUUUCAUCCUAGGCCUUGACCUUGGUGAGUGAUGUCAGGUCUCGUAGCAUCGAUGAGCGCAUAGCCGGGGCGUCCAUGUCCAAUCCCGGAUAUUUCCUGGCAGACAUCGACACUAAGACUGUAAUGCAGGAGCUAGACAUGAUGCUUACCUUGGCCCAGUACAAAGCCUUGCAGGUUAGUUGAACAACUAUUUUUUAUUUUUGUUGCGGUCCGCUGGGUUUAAAUUAGAGACCGACUAAAUUUUGGGUUUGGCGCCAAAAGUGGCCAUUUGAUCCCUUUCGGGCUAAUUUCAGCUUCGGCUUCAGUGCCGAAACUACCCAUUUGAUUACUUUCGGCCUAAUUUCAGCUUCGGCUUCGGUGCCAAAAGUGGCCAUUUGAUCACUUUCGGCCUAAUGUCAGCUUAGGCUUCGGUGCCGAAAGUGGUCAUUUGAUCACUUUCGGCGUAAUUUUGAUUUCGAAGCGGAAAGUGGCCAUUUCAUCACUUUCGGCCUAAGUUCGGUCGGCCCAACUGAAAAGUUAAAUUGGCUUUUUAGAGAUGUAAUAAUUAUUAUAGGUAUAUGUUCUAGAAUGUUAUUAUAUUAUAAAAGAAAAGGGCACUCAAAGGUCUAUUUUGUAUUCAUUUUGUCCCCCCCCCCCCCCCCCCCAAAUUUAUCUUACCAUACCACCUAAAUAACAUUUUCUAAGAAAUUUAAAUUAAAUUUAAAUUAAAAUAGUAAAAGCUGAAGUAUUAUUUAAAUGUUUUUGUAUUACUAUUUACAAUGAUCUCAUUAAAAAAAAAAAGAAUUUAAAUAUUGAUACUUUCCCCCCAUCAUUUUGUUGAUGUAUGCAGAGUGUAUGCGUGGACGAAUUUAAAAAUACCUCAAUAUUUAAGUUUAGGCUUCUCCUUUGGCCGAAAAUCUCGUUAAGCUUUUGGUUUCGGUUUCGGAAAACGGCCAUUUUUAAAUUUCGGCCUAGUUUCGGUCUCGGCCGAAAUCAGAAAAUCACUUUCGGUCGGUCUCUAGUUUCAAUAAAAGAUAAUUAUUGAUGGAGUGCAUUACUCGCUCACUUUCCACUCGCUCGAAAAUUUAACCGGUCUCUUCACAUUUCAACAGAAAACUACUUAAAGGUGCAUUAGAUUUAUUCAUUACAGCAUUAAUUUUUUGCACAAACACACCAGAGAGAGUAAAAUGUAUGUAUCCUUAAAUAUUUUAGUCCGGUAAGAUUCUCUACCUUAUUCUUCACAGUACCAAUAUUUACAUUCUUUCACUUCCUGUAAUAUUACUUCCGCCAACAAAAGGAAAUCUCUACAGUUUUUUUUUUUACAGUGUUCUGUCACUUGUCUUAGUUUUAUGUGUCUUGUUUGCUGACGACGACCCUAAGCCGGAACGUCUAAAUCUUAUUGUUCUGUCAAUUCAUUCAAGUUUAACAUACCUUGUUCUUACAUUUCGUUUGAAUAUAAGGAGGCUUAAGAUUGGCUCCCGAAAUUUCAUACAUUCCUUGUCACUUGAAUUUGUUUUCAAAUCACGGGGAGAGGGGUUAGAAUAAUCCUUUCCCACUCUUGUCCGACACACUUAAUAAAACCACCAACACUAGUCCAACCUCAACACCUUCAGCUCAUUAAUCACAAUAGUUUUUUUAAUUACUUUUUUUUUUUUUUAUCCGAUGAUUUACCUAAUAUUUUUGUGUGCUCAAAUCAAGCUUUAUCCGGAGAAAGGACAAUGGUAAUAUCCCGUAACAAAAUCAACCUCGCUUUUUAACGUGCUCCGAUAUCAGAGACCAUAAUUAUUGCGUUACAACGGGGCUUAGCUGUCCUCAGUUUGGAAGUAACGCGUGAAAUUAAAUUGGACCGAAUACGACAGAGAAAAUGGGAAAAUUUAAUUUAUAUAACUAGAUGAGUUUUCAUGUUAAAUUCAUUACCUAGAAAGGUUAAAGAAAUUCGUCUGUUAACCUAACCAAAGAAAUUGAUUUAUUGAUAACGCUUAAAAUUAGACCUAAAAAAACGAUAAAGAUGUAAUAAUUCAUGUUAUAUUUAUAUAUUAAUUUUAGAAUAAUAAAGAAAUAUAAAGCACAUUAAAAUCUAAUUUUAUAAGUAUUUUACCGGUGUUAACAUUGUAAGAAAAUCAGCUCAAUAUGACCGAUCUAAAAAUGACUGCUAAAAAGAUUUUGAUUUUUCCCUUUGGCUAACAAGAAACCUUUUGUUUAUCCUAUCCGCAGGAAGUGAAAAAUGACGCGGCCGACCAGGGCUCUAGGGUCGAGCGUAAAGCACUUUUGGCCGAGUCGACUCGCUGGACAAACAAAGUGAUCCCAUACAAGAUAGUCCCUAACAUAUUCAAUGACAGAGCUAUUGGAGAAAUUAACCGCGCCAUCAGUGAAUGGCAGAACAAUACAUGCAUUACUUUCAGACCAGCGAGGGGCGGGGAUCAAGACUUUGUCUCCAUCGAUAACGGUAACGGUUGUUUUUCGUACGUCGGCAUGAUAGGUGGUUCUCAAACCCUGGGUCUGGCCCCGGGUUGUCGUUUCAAAGGUGUCAUCGUCCACGAGCUGGGACACGCUGUCGGAUUUCAUCACGAGCAGAACCGCCCCGACCGUGAUGACUACGUCACCAUUAUCAAAGAAAAUAUCCAGAAAAAUUUGUACUACAACUUCCAAAAAUAUCCCUGGACGGCAGUCACCACGUUAGAUGUACCGUACGACUACAAGAGCGUCAUGCAUUACGGAGGUAGAGCUUUCUCUGAAAAUGAAAACUUGACCAUAAAAACUAACGACCCCGCGUAUCAAAACGUGAUCGGAAACAGAGAGGGUCUCAGUUUUUACGACAUCAAACUCGCGAACCUGAUGUACAAAUGCAACUCGGCCUGCCCGGCCAACAAGGUCUGCCCGUGGCCUGGGUUUGUCGGGAAAGACUGCACCUGCUGGUGUCCGGGGACCCCCGUGAAACGUUGCGAGAACGACACGAUGGUCUCGGUCAGCACCAACACCCCGUCGACCGUGAGCACCACCCAGAGAACCGCUUGCGCAGAUAUGAACGAGAACUGCCCCGGCUGGGCCAAGGCCGGCUACUGCCAGCAGAACACGUACGUGAAGACCUUCUGCAAGCUCUCGUGCAGGACGUGCGCGUCGGCCGAGCCCACCACGUUGGCGACGUGCAGAGAUUUGAACAAUCGCUGCAACGAGUGGAAGGAGAGCGGGUUCUGCAGCGGUCCGUACGAUAAGUUCAUGCUGAUGAACUGCCCCUUGGCGUGCAACAGGUGCGGUAAACUCCAGGACCCGAGGAGGAUGAGCACCGAGAAUCCCUCGGCCGGAGGUGAUGAGAACCGUUCGUGUGGUAGUGGCUUGAAUCUUUUGUUACUUGUUUUCGCUUUGUGUUAUUUUGCGUUGUGAAUCUCUUGGUAGUCAUUGUAAUGCUUUAAAAAUCUUUCACAUUUCAAGCUAAUGCCAUUAUAGAUCGAAUACAGUUUUGUGUUAUGAUAAACUUUACAAGUUAUUCCUUUCAAAAGUUUAAUAUGAUAAAAAAGUCUUGAAGUUUUAAAAGAAUAGAUUUAAAAUGUCAAGGCCAUGAAAUAAGGAAAUGGUUUGAGAUUAAACCAAGAAACGAGACAGCAAAGGAGACAUUUUGAACAGAUUGUAAGAAAGAAAAAGAGGAGUUAGAGGUAGAAAGGAAAAUAAAAUAGAAAGAAUGUUGAAAUGCAAAAAGAAUAACAGAGAGAGAGAAUGACAGGAAGAGAGAUAGUGGGAGAGAGAGCCACAGAGGGAGAAAGAGAGAGAGAGGGAGGUAGAGGGGAAGGAGAAAGAGAAAGGGGAGAGAGAGGAACAUAGGGGGAAAAGAUAAAGAAAGAUAGAAGGAAAAUAAGAGAGAGAGGACGAGAGAUAGUGGGAAAAAGAGAGAGAUACAGGGUGGGUAAAGAUAAGGUGGUUAGAGAGAGUGUGGGUAGAUAGAGUGUGGAGAGAAUGAUUAGAAGAGAGGGAGAGAAGAGAGAAAGAAAGAGAGAGUGAGAGAUACAAUGAGAGAUAGAAAGAGAGAGGAGGGAGAAAGAAUGGUAAAAUAAACAUAAUAGAUAUUGUCUUCCAUAUAACUGAAGAGUUCGCGAUGUCCAAAAAAAUGAUGCUGUUGUGUUGCAAAAAUGUUUGUGUAAAAUGGAACAUGUGAAUAAUCCUUGUUAUUUUUUGAAUUGCUAAUUUUUACAUUGUUUUAAAAUUGUGUCAAAAUUAAUUCUUAUUUCUAUUAUGUAUUACAUUAUUGUCUUUUAAUAUCAUUUUCGUAUUUCAAAAAAAAAAUAUAUAACAAAUAUGUUACUUCAAAAAAAAUAUUUUAUAUUAUGAAUGACAAAAUUGAAUGAUGUCCAUACAUUUUGUAAUGAAAAAUAAUGUUACAUUUUUAAUAACAAAAAAUAGUUAAUGCUGUUAAAAUAAAAUGUUGUUGAAAGUCGCUUCCAUUUGCUGUAGUUAGUAUUGUUACGUAUAUUUGCCUGGUAUUGUAUUACAGUAUUUUUUAAAUUAUAUGAUCUAUUGUGAUGUUUUUUCUCGACAAUAAAACUAAAUCACUAAAAUCGGA